GUGUUUUUUGCUCGCGACAGACAGACGGCGAAUUUCUGCGUAAUCUUUCCCCCUUUAACUUGAUUAAUGGCGAAACGUACAAACUCUGUCUUCUUCUCCGAGACAUUAAGUAUACACUGAGGACUGGGAAAGUUCAGUGAGGCGAGAAAAAAAAAAAAAACCUUUCGGAUAAAGUUAAGAGUUUUACUUUGCUGAGCUUCAACGAUGGUGCAGCACUACCAGUCUCCUGUUCGGGUCUACAAGCAUCCGUUUGAGUUAGUCAUGGCGGCUUAUGUGAGGAGGUUCCCAAAGUGCCCGCUGAUCCCGGUGUUUGUGGACAGUGAGAUCGUGAGCCAGAGUCAGAGCCAUGACGGUUCUUUGGUGUUGACUGAAAGACGAUGCACAAUUGAUGUUGAUGCCCCACGACUUCUCAAACGGAUUGCUGGUGUCGACUAUCUGUACUUCAUUCAGACAAACACCUUAAACCGCAGGGACAGGACACUUCACAUCGUCGUCCACAAUGAGACUUUUUCUAACCGAGUGUUUGUCCGUGAGUGCUGCAGCUAUACGGUUCAUCCAGAAAAUGAGGACUGGACUUGUUUUGAACAGACAGCUAGUCUGGAUAUAAAGUCUUUCUUUGGUUUUGAAAGCACAGCAGAGAAAAUAGCAACAAAAUUGUAUGCUAGUAGUAUUAAAAAGGGUAAAGAAAUAAUUGAGCACUACCUCAGCGAGAUGGAGGAAGAAGGAGUAACUUACAUACCUCGCUGGACCCCCACUGCAGAAUCCUGCUGUGUCACUACAAAGCAUCAGCUGCCAGCCCCCUCCCCUACCAGAAGCAUCCCAGUGAACAGUACCAAAGAUGGACUGCGCAGUAAAAACCUGACCAGUUCCACAGAGCUCGUUGUUGGUUCUCCUGACGACAAGUUGGAUGCAGACUACAUCAGACGUUACCUAGGUGAUUUAACGCCUCUGCAGGAGAGCUGUCUUAUUCGACUUCGCCAGUGGCUCCAGGAAACCCACAAGGGCAAGAUUCCAAAGGAUCAGCAUGUGCUGCGCUUCCUCAAAGCCAGAGAUUUCAACCUGGACAAGGCCAGGGAGUUUUUGUGCCAGUCACUGACCUGGAGGAAGCAGCACCAGGUGGAUUUGCUGUUAAACACAUGGGAGCGCCCACAACUGCUCCUGGACUAUUACACUGGAGGGUGGCACCACCACGACAGAGAUGGACGUCCCCUGUAUGUCCUGCGUCUGGGUCAAAUGGACACAAAGGGUUUGGUGCGGGCCUUGGGAGUGGAAGCGCUCUUAAGACAGGUCCUUUCCAUCAACGAGGAGGGACUGAGGCGCUGUGAGGAGAACACCAGAGUUUUUGGUCGACCCAUAAGCUGUUGGAUGUGUCUGGUGGAUCUAGAGGGUCUAAACAUGCGCCACCUGUGGAGACCUGGAGUAAAGGCUCUUCUGAGGAUCAUCGAGGUGGUGGAGGCCAACUACCCCGAGACUCUGGGUCACCUUCUCAUACUGCGUGCGCCCAGGGUAUUUCCAGUUCUGUGGACUUUGGUCAGCCCCCUGAUUAAUGAGAACACGCGGAAAAAGUUCCUCGUUUACGCUGGAAACGACUACCAGGGUCCAGGAGGACUGGUGGACUAUAUAGACAGAGACAUCAUCCCUGACUUCCUUGGAGGGAACUGCAUGUGUGACAUCCCAGAAGGAGGUACGGUCCCUAAAUCUCUGUAUAGAACUGCAGAGGAGCUGGAGAGUGAAGAAAACGGCUUCUUGACCGACUCCAUCUAUAAGAGUGCCAGCGUCUUUAAAGGAGCUCCAUAUGAGGUGCUGAUUGAGAUCACAGAGGCCUCCUCUGUCAUCACGUGGGACUUUGACGUGUCUAAAGGAGAUGUGAUGUUUAAUAUUUAUCACUCCAAAAGGGCUCCACAGCCUCCUAAAAGAGACGCUCUGGGAGCUCAUGGCAUCGCUUCCCUUGGGGGUGUAAAUGCUCAGCUGAUUGAUAGAAGCUGGGUGCUGGGCCAGGACUACAGCAGGGUGGAAAAGGCCCUCAUCUGCAGAGAGGGAGAAAGUGUGCAGGGCUCCCAUAUAACACGCUGGCCUGGCUUCUACAUCCUCCAGUGGCGCUUCCACAGCGCCGCAGCCUGUGCUGCCUCCAGCCUGCCUCGUGUUGAUGAUGUUCUGGCCUCCCUGCAGGUCUCUUCCCACAAGUGCAAGAUUAUGUAUUACACUGAAGUGCUGGCUUCCCAUGACUUCAGGGGAUCCAUGACCAGUCUGGAGUCUUGUCAGAGUGGUUUCUCUCAGCUCAGUGGUGUCACAACGUCCUCCAGCCAAUCCUGUGCCAGCUCCACGCUUUCAAGGUAGCAUCUGUCCUCGGGCAGCUAUAAAAGCUCACUGGUAUCCAGCUCUUCCUG